GUUUUUAAAUGAUAAAAUCCCGAAAACUUUGAAGUGAGAUUGCAAAGACAAGUCGUGGUGACUAAAACUGUCUAGAAAGGAUUAAUAAUUUACUGAAUUUCUAGAUUUAUAACUUAAAAUUCUUAUUCUAAUUGUUAUUUUAUAUUAUUGUUCUAUUUCUAUUUUCUUUCAAACGUCAAUUUCAAUUUUUCUAUCACGAUUCACAGCUAUAUAUAUUUAGAUAAUGGUUUCUAUUUGCAGUUUAAAUUUUUAAAUUUUAAUCUUAAUCAACUACUAUUUAAAAUGUAAAUGUGUAAAAAUAAUUAAUAGUAGUAGGUUAUAGGUUAUUACUAAUUUUAAAUAAGCCAAGUUUUUAUGUUUUUGUAAAAACAAUAUUUAUUAAUUAUACUUUUUUAAAUAAAGAGAAGAAUUAUUAUUAGUUAAUAAUCAUUAGGUUUAAUUACUUUGAUUUAUUUAUGAAUAGUCAUUGAUUAAAUAUAUUUUAUCCAUGUGAAUAGUUAUUAACUUGUAUAUUCUAAAUUUAUUUAUGGAAAGCAAAACGAGCAAUAAUGUGAUUGAUAUACACAUGAUUAAUAAUAAAGGGUUUAUUUGGAAUGCAAAUGAUUGGUGCAUUUUAAGAACAACUCAUCGUGUGUUGGGAAGUUUGAUUGGAACUUUACCAUCCACUCCACGUCAAGAAGAUCAAAAUGGCCUACCUUGCCUUUUAUUACCUGAAGAAGUUCGAUUACUAGUUGAAAAUUGUAUAGCCCGUACUGUUGCAUAUCCAUCAUUUACUGCUUUAUGUUCUAAAGAAACAGCCAAAAUCAAUCCAUUUGAAACAUCACCUGAUGUCAUGAUACAUCUUGAUGAAAUAUGUUCAAACAUAAUUGAAGUUCCAUUACCUGUAUUUAUAAACGAUUUGGAAAGGAUCAGGUAUAAAGUUUUUAAGGAUUUGUGGUCAAAAGGAUUUUAUCUAACUUGUGGUAUGAAGUUUGGAGGCGAUUUUUUAGUCUAUGAAGGUGAUCCUUUGGCUUAUCAUGCUAAAUAUAUAGUUAACUGUAGAGAUUUGGACAAGCAAAUUAUGGUUUCGCGGAGUAGAGUUAGUUCAAUUACUAACAAAAAAAUGGUGUUAGCCAAAGACGAUGGAAACUCUAUAAUGUAUUUAAUUUAUCAUUUAGAUGAUACAUCUCGGAAUAAUAAUAAAAUUAAUUACUCUUUUUAGUAUGUUCAUAAAUAAAAUAAUGUGUAUCAUGUAUAUGAAAUAUAAUAAUUAACAUAUUCAAGACUAUAAAUAAUGUUUCCAUGACAAAAUAUCCCCGCAAAAAUACUGCAUGACAAAAUCUCCCUCAUAAAUAUUAUAUUCAAAAUUUAACCUUUAUUAUAAAAGUUGCGAUUAGAUUAGA